GUUCUGGCAUAGAAGUUCUGCUUUUUGAACCGUGACAUGUUAAAACCCUUCCGCUUCACAUACAGACCUUUCAGCCCUGCCAGAGGAGCUCAUGGCACCAGCUGGGAUGUCCAAAGGUACAGGAACGGCUGAUGUGAUGGAGAAAAACGAUGGGGGUUGCCAGGAGGAAUCUGAUGUGGACUUUGAAAUCAGACCAGCCAUAUCUGACGUACACACCAAUAACAACAGAUCUACAUGGACAAAUGGUCAGUGUGUUGCUGCAAUCCCAACCAGAUCUAUGUUUAAUCCCAGAUUUGAUCUUUCUCUCUGUCGGGCCAAAUUGGAGAGGAAUGGUUUUGAGAUUCCUGUCAGUGACAUGGAGAUUCCACUGAAAAUAGCCCUGGACGUCCCCUCAGUCAGACGAUACAUGGUUUUCAACUCCGGCCUUUUCCACUUUUUAAUGGCACCGGUGCUGUACGUGGUGUUAUGGUGCGCAGGUUUUUCAACCCUACACCUUUAUAUCACUGUAACUGAUUACUGGGUCCUCAUUCUCUCUGUCAGUCUCAUCGCUAUCCUCCUCACCACUGCCAUCAUUUUCAUUCUUCAUCACAGUAACAAAAAAAUCAACAUCAACAUAGAUGUUCGGUUAGUCCAGGUGAAUGAGAGGAUGAUGAAACACAAAUUGUUGGUGGCUGUUGCAGACUGGGUGCAGAACUGCACAGGACACAUGCAGUUGUACUUUGUGUACUGGGACAUGUCCAGCUGUUUGAGGACACUGUCUGAUACUUUAGAGGAGCUCAGCUUUGUGGCAGAUGACACCCAGAAAACCAUGAAGAGCAGAAUGUCACAUCUCGUCUUGGUAAUGGAGGUCCCUCCCAUAGACCCCGAGGCCGCUGUUUCAGAAGUUGAGCAAGACUGUGAUGAAAACAAACCUCUGCUAAGAAAUGAGGACACAAGAAGCAGUACACCUUCCAGCCAGCAGGGGGCCCCAAAGGUCACUUCUAAUUACAGCCUUGUUCCUGAAGCUUUACUACCUGCCCAGGCUAAAGCAUACCAACUUCUGAUGACGUAUAGCGCAGCUUAUGUGAAGCUGCUUGUAUCUGAGAGGCUGUCGGGGCCAACCCAUCAUCAUCUGAGGCCCCUGAGGAAUCACUGCACCAUGGCCCCCCUCUGCCUCUGCCAGUACGUUAAGAAGAAAAUCCUUCAGUAAGAAGAAAAAUCACACACAGGAACCUGGAUUUAGUGUUGAAGGAAAACAGAGAAACAAAGACUGGACAGCAUCUGUUCUUCCAAAGUAAACAUAGAUUUAGGUUAGUUUUAUUUACUGAUUAUGGUUUUUGGGCUGUAAUACUUGGAUUCAUUUAGCUGGGCUGCUGAUUUUCUGCCAGCUAUGUGUUUGUACCACCUGGAUGUUAAUUUGUUCGCAUUGAGCCAAAUGCUGUCAACAUUCAGCCCAACUGCUGGAAAACAAUAUUUAUAAUUGUUUAUACACAACCAUCAUGACCAUAUUUACUACAUUGUGUCGUUUAAAUUAUUCGUACCAAUGAUAUUAUGUAGAGCUGUUUGAUUUAAUGUUCUGUAUACAGUAGUAAACUGCAGAGAGGAUGCUCUGGGUCUGAGGUCUUCCCUUGCAGGACUGAUCUUUUUUUCUUAUACAUGUCAUAAAGGGAUUAACACACACAAUAUGUAUGGAUACCAUGUUAGAGGCAUUGCUUCAAGUGUGUACUCUUGAUCCGAAUGUUGAAAAAUACCUUCUUUUUUGUAUCAGAACUUAUUAAAUAUCAAAUGUUUUUUUAUUUAAUAUUUAAAAUACUUUUGUACUCAUCUUAGUGUUUGAUAUUAUUAUAAAUUAUCAAAUAGAGACAAUAUGUUUUCCCACUGUGGUUCAUUAGGAAAAAAAUGAUUUUAAACCUA